AUGAAACACACCACAGCAUUCCUCGCCUUCAUCGGCCUCACCACUGCCGCCGCCAUCCCCUGCACGAGCUCCGCCGGUUAUGUGGGAACCGCGCGCCGCGAUGCCCUCAUCGACAACCAGCCUCCUCCUGUGAACGGUACCGCGCCUGUUGUCGCUGCUAAUGAAGAGAUGGACAAGCGUCACCAUACUGGUGGGGGUGGAGGUGGAGGCGGCGGUGGAGCUGGGAAUGGAGGUGGUGGUGGGAAUGGAGGUGGUGGCGGAAAUGGAGGAGGAGGUGGUAAUGGAGGGGGUGGUGGAAAUAAAGGAGUUGGUGGCGGCGGUGGCGGCGGAGGAGGGGCCAACGAAACCGGCAACCAAACCGCCGCUCGUGGUGUGUAUGCCGCGCAACGCAGGGCUCCCGGAAACCCUGGUACCGGCGGGGGCCCGGCGAGAAAGAAGCAGGAUGCUGAACCGGGCUCUAACAGUGGCGACGAGACUGGAGAGGACAGCACCCCGGCUGUUACCAAGGGGGCCAGUAGUUCUCAGAAGCGCGAGCCUGAUCCAAACCCAGCAAGCGCCCCUAAGAAGCCUGCCCCUAAACCUGCCUCGGCGCCUAAGCCUGCUGUCAAGGCUGAUGGUUCUUCGUCCUCAUCCUCAUCCUCAUCAUCAUCAUCAUUCUCGUCUUCGUCUGUUUCUGCGGGCUCUAAGAAUUCCCCCUCUCAGGCUCGUGCCGUUUCCGAUGCGAAUGGUGGCGAGCAGCCACAGAGACGCCACGAUGACUCCGAGACAGGAGGCGAAGCUGGCCGCUCUGGUCGGGGGGACACACUCGGCCCGGCUAAAGGAUUCAACAAUGCUUCCAGGACUGUCGGCGGUGGCCUCCUCGGCAGAGCCAACCUGUUGCUGAACCUUCGGAAGACGGAGGCAAACUAA